GUUAGACCAAAAUAUGUCAACUCGUUCCGUGGCUUAGAGAUUUGGAUAACGUUGUGUGCCUAAAUACUGUAAUAUCUCACUAAAAUAUCAAAUUAUGUUGCUAAAUUAAGUCUUUGACGUUGAAUUACAGGAAUCACCAGUACAUUAUGUACAGAAUGGACAUGAUGAUUGAAGACAGUUGAACGCAGGAAAUAAUAGUUUUGGAUCUGUUGUGAAAUAUUGGUCCAGAUAUUAAUAUUGAUCACUGCUAACCAUGGAGGACGGAAAGUCAAACUAUAGUUGUCCAAAAAAGGCUUUCCUGUCAAGGCUAAGCACAGAUUCUGACCUGUCAAACCACAGCCCCUCAGAUGGAGGUCAAAAAUCUGACACGGAGAGAAAGUCGUCAGGUGCGGAGUUGUUGGCCUUUAAUGGCAUCCUAUCCAACCUCUCUACUGCAGCUUCCUUUGGAGAAAGACGUAGAAGUUCAAUUGGUCAUCAGCGUGUCGAUAGUAUAUCCCAGAUGUCUCUGCCGGAUGAUCUACAAAUAAACUUUUCUGAGCUGGAUGAUACAGGCUCGAUACAAUUGGAUGAUAUCGACCUGACCUAUUCUCCGUCGCCAGAUGUUGACCUCACAACUGCGGAUAUUCGUGCUUUAGAACAGGGUAAAGAUGGUGACUCACAACUACAGCGGAUAACUUCGUCAAUCUCAUCCACAACUGGUGCACCUCAGUAUGCCCCGCAGCUGGCGCAAGAGAAGGUUGAUAACGGGAUGCCGGUAAAGGUGAAUAUGGACGAUAUAGGAGAACUGGGUAUUACGAAAGUAAAGGAAGAAGAGCCGGAGAUUCCAGACUACAACUUUGAGGGUGAUGGGUGGAAGAUGAAUGCACAACAGUACUCAACGAACGGAUACAGACAUCAACUGCAAACGAAUGAAUCGAGUCGGAGCAACAUUGAUGACUCCUCCAAGGUAUCGACAGUUGGCAGCAGUGGUCAGGGUUUGAAGAAGAGGAAGGCUGUGAGCCCUCGUAAGACAAACAAGCAAAAACACCUUCAGAACAUCGCAUGUCAGGUGUGUGGGGACAUUGCGGCCGGCUUCUACUGUGGAGCAUACAUAUGUGAGGCUUGCAAGAAAUUCUACAUGCGAGCAUACAAGCAGGACAAGCUGAAAUAUGUUUGUCUGCGAGACAAGAAGUGUGUUAUCACGAAGGAAAGUCGGGUACAGUGCCAGUACUGUCGCUACCAAAAAUGUACACAGCUCAACAUGUACUGCCCAAAGCAAGGGGAUAGUGAGAGCGGGAAGGAUAUGCACAUGUCAGAAAUCCCGUGUCGUGUCUGCUCCGCCCCAUCAUCUGGGUUCCACUUUGGGGCAAUCACAUGCGAGGGCUGUAAGGGAUUUUUCCGGCGUAUGGCGAAGGAACGGGAAGCAGAGAAAUACCAGUGUAAUAAAUCAGGAAACUGUGAAAUCAAUAUGAUAACCCGUAAUCUGUGUAAGGCAUGCCGGUACCAGGCGUGCAUACGGGCCGGCAUGUGUGUUGAAGGAAGCCGCAUAGGCAGGCAGCCCAAUUCCGUUAAGCAUGCGAUAUCAAUAGAGCUAAAGAACCAGUCAUCAAAAGAUGGGUAUCCGGUGCCUCUUGAGACUGGACUCGGACGAGUGAAGGAGGAGCCGCUGGACAACACAGAUGAUUACCUGGAGAGGGAGAAGUCUAGUGACACAUACAGCUGGGAUCAGUGGGCUAAUGAGUUUCAGAUGCCCGUUUCUACCUCGAAUCAAGAAAGCCUGUCCGAAGAUCAGUUCUUACCUACUAUAGCUUCUACCGUAUUUACGAGUUGUGCUAAUCCUCCAUUGGUCAGUAUUUCACAGACUUCUGGUAGUGCUAACUUCCAGACACCUACUAGUUCAUCUACUGUUGACUCAAGCGUUUUGCAAUCUAGAGAACCAUCAUUAGAUUCAAGCAGCCAGAAAAACUGGACUGGUUACUCGUUUUCUCCACCUAAUACCUCAGAAAAUCCCUUAUCCUACAGUAGUGGCCAGAUGAGUGCGCAAACCAGUCGGACCUCCACACCGUACAGUACCUCGCCGCAAUCAUUUAUUCGCAACACCUUCAGUAACAAUCAGUUUGAAGCUGCUUUAGGGAAAAAGCUUCUCGGGGAUUCAAACAGUAAAUUUCAGAACGCAAAUUAUGCACAUUUUCACCAUCAAAAACCUGUGGAAAUUAAAAAGACAUUUUCGAUGAACUUUGCCAAUAACCCUGUGAAGCUGAAUUUGGGUUAUGCCCCAGCUUAUAACCCAAAUCAGGCCCCAGAGCCUGGUUUUAAUAUGAAUCGUAAAGACUUGAACGCCACACCACUAGAAACCCUCCCCGGCAAUUCAAACAUGAGACCAGUGACAAGCAGUCAGUCUUUCUCUCCCCCCGCUCAAAGACAACCAAGAGCUCCCCAGUUUACCUCACAGAACAGUCACAUGACCCAGGGAUUCCCCACCCAGGAAAUAAAUCGUAACAGCACGUACGGAAGUGAUCCAGAUAUGAGUGAGUUCAUCAGGAAGACAGUGGACGCAGGGAAAUGUUUACAGUUGCUCAAUUAUCGAGUAUUUGACACAGAUAUUAACCCCACAACGUCAAUGGAUGUGGAUGAAAUAAAGGCCCUGUUCAAAUGCAACUAUAUGGACCCAAAGGAGGGCAACCAUAUAAAAUCAAAGGCGGACAUGUCCAUGUUUUCAACCAGGGAGUCCACAUGGAACUACAUGAUGACAAACUUUCACAACAACACUUACAUUACCAUACGCUUCGCCAAACUGGUGCCAGGCUUUAAGACACUGAGUCUGAAUGACCAGGUGAAGCUGAUCCAGUCAUCCAUCUAUCCGAUAGAGCUGCUCAACAUGUCCAAAGUGUUUGACCCCGUUACGAAGAAAUACAACUACUUCACUUACACGAAAGAAGAGGAGAAUAUUAUGAUGGAGCAGUUUCCUAUGCUCAGGGUUUUUCAGGAGCACUUCCUGCACAUCGGAGAGAUGGUCACUGAGUUUCAGCUGACAGAUGAGGAGUUUGCCAUUCUCUCCGCCCUCAUGCUUUUCCCUGCUGAAAUCCACGGCCUGGAGGAUCCACAGGCUGUGGAAGCCUUACAGUCACAGAUCUCUGUCGCCUUACAGUACUAUGAGGAAGAGACCUUUCAGGAUGGCCUGACACGUUAUGGUAUUCUGCUGGUGCGCGUAGCGGAGCUUGUCCAGUGUCUUCUACAGCACAAUCUAGCCAUAGGUCUGCUGCUUACACACAAUCCCACCAUCAAAGUCCCGCAACUCUUCCAUGAGCUCAUCAUUGAGAGUAUCAAGGAGGGACAGAAAUAAGAGUUACGGAACUUGUUUGUAGUAUUAAAGUAUGGCCUUGUUUUGGUUGUUUGAUGAGAAUGUUAUUUGUUAUAAAGUGCUGAAUUUUUAGCUUUUAAGGACACUUUGAAAAUGUUGUGAUAAUUUCUUAAAGAAUUUUAUUAUUUUAUGUUUAGCUUUAAACUGAAUUCUUUGGAUGAAUUAUUAUGAAAGAACUCGCUAUUGUUUUUGUUAUACAUUUAUCAUUUUAAAUCUGUACAUUGAAUUGUGUACAAUUUGUUGUAAAAUACUUUGCAUAAUGCUGCUGGCCAAAGUAUUAGGAAUACUUUUUAUGAACACUUUGCUUGUUGAUUGGCCAAGUAUUACCACCGUCUGUUUAUUCCUGCUGGUUAUUAAUCACUUGUAGAUUUUAUUCCGCUGCUGGACAUUUCUUCAUGUAUAUAGGAAAUACUCUGCCGUAAACAAAGCCUUAUACAAAUGUUCACAUAAUGUUUAGUUGCAAUAAAGUUAGCUAUAAAAGUAAAUGAAAGUAAUAAUUAUUAUAUAUUGUUGACAUUCUUCUUCUAAUUUACCACUUAAGUGUUGUAAGACUGAGGUGAACUGUCCGAGCUGGUAGCUUUUAAUAGAAUUUAUGUACAGGAAAAACAUCAUUUAAAUCAACGUGUUAGCUUAAAAACAUUCACAUGAACAUGCAUGCAGUGUUGGCCAUAUAUGCAGUUCUUUUGUGGACUCUUAUUAGUGAGACUGUUUUGGUGUAUGCCUGCCAAACUAGAGGUCCUGAGUUCAGUCCAAAGUCGAUUAAAUAUGGUGCAAAUUAUUGUCGUGGUAAUUAGUGAUGAAUGGAUAUACGGACCCCAAUUUCUCAAAGCUUCAUAAGUCCCUUAUAGCAAGAUUAAGCUAAGCUCACUAUUUUUGAUUUUCUAUAAUAUGCGUUCUAUUUUCUUUUGAAGAGUGUUUUUUAUGUUAUAUAGGAAUUAUCUCUAUGUUAAACACAAUAAACCAUUUUUCAUUUAUCAAAAUUUAUUUUAAGUAUGUGUUUUGGCUAAUUGAAAUAAGCUACCUAAACAGGUUAAGCUUAAGAAGUUUCAAGAAAUUGGUGCCAGGAUGUUAAGGAUAUCAGCAAUAUGUUAAGACAUGGUAGCGAGGGUACCUGUAUGUAAAUGUUUGACUAGUAUUAAGAUGUCAAUUAUCUCUCUUAAUAAUUGGACUUGACAGUUGCUGUUUUUUGGCCAGUUUAAGUCCCAUUUGUGCCUAUCAUAUUCCGGGUAGCUACAUGCUGGUCAGCUGCUCUCAAACAGUUCCAUAAACAAAUCCAUGUUCAACCAAUGCUCAUGUGAUAUACCAGGGCUGUAAGAUUAUUGUUCAAGUGAUUAUAAUUGUAAAUAUCAGAACAACAGUUUCCAAUUAUUGUAAGGUGUUUCUUGAAAUGACAUUUCUCAUCUAUAUUAUUUAGUUGAUUAAGGCAGUAUAUGUUUGGUUUAAUUUGUUGCUUUGACUUAAUAAGAAAUGAAAAUUCCUGAGCUUGUGAUUAUUUGUUGUAGUCACUGGUAGAUUAGAUGUACCUUGUGUGUAUAAGGUACACUUUUUUAGUUGGUAGCUGGUUUUGUGAAUAAAGCAAUAAGAGUUAUUUAAUCAAACUAUUUGAAAUCAAUGAUAUGCUGCACUGUUUAAAACUACUGAGCUUUAUGCUUGCAAAACUAUCCUGCCUAUUAACUAAGGUUUGUGAAUAUUUAAAAAUGUAUUACCCCGGUACAUUGAUUUCUCUACAUGUAUAUUGGCUAUGAGUUCAUAAAUGUAGGCUAGGAGUACAUGUAUAUAGGCCAAAAGUACAUGAAUAUGGGCCACAGUUACAUGUAUAUAGGUCACAAGUACAUGUAUAUAGGCCAUAGGUACCAGUUUAUAGGUCGCAGGUACAUGGAUAUUGCAGGUUCAUGGAUAAAGGCUGUAUGUACAUGAAUAUAGGCCACAAGUACAUAUAGAUAUAGGUCACAAGUACAUAUAUUUAUAUAGGUCAUCGGUACCUGUUUAUAGGCGGCAGGUACAUGGAUAUUGCAGGUUCAUGGAUAAAGGCUGUAUGUACAUGAAUAUAGGCCACAAGUACAUGUUGAUAGGCUGCAAUUACAUGGAUACAGGCCACAAGUACAUAUAUAUAGUCCAGAAGUACAUUAGUAUAUAGGCCACACAUGCAUGACACAGAAACAACAACUUAUUUUAUUCCUUUAUUUUUAGCUGUAAAUGUGCUAUUUUUGAAUGCUGUUCAUUGUAUUAUAUCAUAACGCAACUUCCUUUACAAUUGUUUAUGUUGAAAAAGUGCUUGGCUUUGUUUUUGUGUUUUGUUGAUAUUGUGUUUUAUUGAACUGUAUCUGGAUGUCAAAUUAUUAAACUGGUAUUAUGAGAUCUCCAUUUCAUAAAAUACUGUUCGUUAUUUCUUGACUUUCGAUGAAUCAAUCAUGGAGUUGUUUGAUCAUGUGAUUUGAAAUUUUCUCCCAUGAAAUUACAGCAUGAUAUUCUAUUUUCAGCCCAUGUGCUUGUACUCUUCCAUGUAUUAGACAUAAUCAUUCAAUUACAUGUACAGUGUAAUUUUGUUUCGAUUAAAUAAUGUGCACUCAGGAUAAAAGAUGCAUUUUAUUGCUAUGGUGACAGCCUAUAAUAAUCAUGUUGUCAUAGUGUUAUAUGAAUAUGUACAUGCAUGUAAUUACCUUCUUCGACGUUUCAUACUGUUUUCAUUCUGGCAUCAAGAGUAUGUAGUAGUUCAUUCAUCAGCCAUGUUAUUUUUGGCUGUGUGGCAAUUAUAAUGCUUUACAUAUGACUGGAAACAUAGGGCAUUAUAUAUGUAUAUAUAUAUUUUAUAUAUGUAUGUAUGUAUAUAAAAUGUAUAUUGUACAUGUAUGUUACUUUGUAAGAUGUAAUGCUAUGUUGUUUGUUACCGAGGUUUGAGGUUUGAGUGAUGUUAAGCAUGAUGCUGUUUGACAGAUAAAAAGGAAGAAAUACCCAUAUAUGUAAAUUUAGAUUAAAUGAUGCAUGUAGCAUAUCAGUAUGUUUGGUUGUGUGAUGUGUAUAAUUUCUACAUAUUUUUCCAUUUUCAAACUCAUUCAUCAUUUUUAUGUAAACAACUGCGUUAUAAUCAAGGUUUGUGUCACUUGUUCAGUUUGGCAUGACAUUUGUGAGCAAUUCACUCUGAACUUGGUAUGUAAAAGUAAAUACUUGUAGGGACAUUGAGAUUCAGUAUGGUUAUCAGACUUCUUAGUUUAUAUGUACAUGUAUAUAUACGCUCUUUUGGCAGUUAAAAGACAAUUUAUUACUGUAUUAUAUAUGAUUACCAAUCAAAACGUUAGUUCAGUGAUUAACAACAUAUAAGUUGUUUUUUUUACAUUUCAAAAUAACAUACAAGUUGGAUAGAUAUAAAAAUGUUGAAUUGAAACUCUAAAAAAGUUUUGCUCUUCUGAAAUAAUGGCUUUUCAUAGAUCAGUAUUGGUUUAUGAAUGUAUAUCAAUGAAACAUUUUAAACAACAGGAAUCAACACCAAAACAAAACGAAAAAUAUUUCACUGUUGACCAAGCAAAUAAGUACAUGUACAUUAAUGGCUUCAAUAUACCCAUUUAAAUUCAGCACUGUCUACAACUUAACUAUUCCCACAGCCAUUAACCACAACAAAUACAUCAUCCCAUGUACAUGUAUACCAGCUGUUCAGUAAUAGGGUCAAUGUGAAAUCCUGUUACCCAAUAAGGUAUACCCUGGCCAGUAAAUACAGAGUUUCAUUUCCGGAUAUGCAUUCACCAAUUAAUAACCUGAAAAACUGUUUUCAAGUACAUGUACCUGUCUGUUGCAUAGGUAAUGAUUGUACAAUCAUUACCUAUGCAACAGACAGGUACCUUAUUGGGUAACAGGAUUUCACAUUGACCCUAUUACUGAACAGCUCUGAUAAAAAGAAGUUAAUGGGAUCAUUUUAAAACUUACAGAUUCAACUUUGACUUGACUUGUCCAUAGUUUCAUGGCCACAGGUGUAGCAUUUGGUACCAUUUGCUGUAAUAUAUUUCAUCAUACUCUCAUGUAUUGUUUUACUUAUGUUAUGUAUAUGAGUAUGCAUGCGAAUGUUUUAAAUGUUCUUUAGUUGCCUUCAAGUGCUUGCUCAAUGUUAACAAUUAUGUGUCAUUUCUCAGGACAAUCCAUUUAAAGAUACUGAGAGGUUGGUUCAGUUUUUUAUAUUAACGGAAAAAUGAUGACUGGUUCAUAAAGUCAUCGGCAUGUACCGGUUUGUUCUUUUGUGUAUAUAUAAAAUAUCUGUCGUGCAGUAAUUUGGAAUGGACAAACAUUUGUGAUCACACUAUAUGAAAUUACAAUAGAAAUUGUAUCAACUCAAUAAUUUCGUCAGUGCGAAUCUACAUGUAAUUGUAGUCUUUAUGAAGGUCAGGUCAACCCAGUGGCUGCAUUUUAGCAUUCAAGUACUUCAAGUACUUACAAUUAUGGGGGUGACUAUGUUGAUUUUAUGAUGACAACAGACUGCUUAUUGACCUCAACUCCCAGUAAGUGAAGCAGUCUUGUUAGGUUGUGAGCCAUAGUGCACUGAUAGAGUGUAACCCAGGUUACAGCUACAAGUGUAUAGCACCGACACACCGUUUAGCAUCCCUCCAGGAAGACAGUAUUUUGAAUGGUGAGGCAGGGGACCAAAACUGUGACCUCUGGGUUGACAAGUUAAGUCUUACACACAAAAACACAAGACCACAGAUCUGCUUCUUUAUUUCCCCAUUGUAUGUUAUAUUUGCAUCAGCUAGACAUUUAGAACUGAUUUGAUUACGGGUAAUAGAUUGUUGCGUGGAAAGCAACCAUGCAUCAAUGAGUGUACCUUUUUCAGGCUAAGGGGAAGUAAAUGUUUUUAUAGAUAAAAGUGACAGAGUCAUUACGAGGGACUAUUUUACAAAAUGGUGGUCACCACAGCGUGUUGAUGUAACUCUCUACCUUUACCUCCUGUUUAUUUUUUUGCAGCAGGCAACAUAUUCACAAUAACAUAAUGAAAUCAAAUUUGCACAUAUUUUGCAUGAUUUUAUGUUCAUUUCGUUACUAUUGAUUUUGAGUACUGAUGAAUAAAGUCUUGCCUUUUUAAUUAAUUAUUUGUGGCAAUUUUUUUAUCUCGUCUUUUUAACAAAAAAUGUUUUUCUAGAUUUUGUGAUAGCCAUUCCGCUGGUGUCUUCAGUAGUGGCAGCGUCUUAGCGCACAGACUUGAAUCUUGGCCCAAACUCAUAAAUCAAUGUUCAAAUGAAAUAGGUGUUACAUGAUACCUUAGACUGUAAUUACAUGUACAUGUACAGGGAAGCAAGGCCCAGAACUCCUUUUUAAACGAUUAUAGAGUUAUGCCCCAUUUCCAAUUGAAAUAAACAACCACAAGCGCUGGUGUUUACUCUGCAGCGUUAGAUUGUAUUUUUGAUAAUAGAAAAUUUACACAGCAUGUUGCUUUUUUAAAAAGACAGAAUAAAUUAACAACAUAUUUUACUAUAAACUUUAAAUUUGAAACUCUCUGCCUGUUAUAUGUAUUAAUCCAGGAUGUAUUCAACUUCUGAACUAGUAUUGUAGUACAUGUAGUUUUUAGAUCAUCUUGUAAAUGUUCUUUCCAUUUUUAACUGGAUAUUUUGAUAGUAUGCUUUAAAGCCUUCAUGCCCGGUAAUACAUAUAUUGCUUUAUAAAACAUUGUAAUUGUAUACUAUAGAUUUAUUUGAUAUAUUGAUGUACGUGUAUGAUGAAUUACAUUGUUUAAUGAUUCAUUUGAAAUAUUGAUGUACAUAUAUUAUGAAAUACAUUGUUAUGUUUUAGCAGAUUUUAUGUAAAUCAUGUGAUACUGUUUUUGAUACCAGUUUGAUUGUUUCCAUCCGUACCAUUAUGGCAGUAUUUGUCAUUUAGGUUAAAACAAAUUUAGGAUACAAUUUUGAUUGAGUAGUUGUACAAACUGUUUGUAUCUACAUUUCUAACAUUGAAUUUUAUUCUUUGUAUUACUGAAAUAUUUUGAUUGAAUUUAAAGAAAAUAAACCAAAUGUAUAAUAGACUUGACAUUAAUUGAAGAUGAUGUAAAAAUUAUGUCAUAUUUCAUUUAUAACAUGUCGUAUUUCAUUUAUAACAUGUCGAUAUAUUUUUUGCGUUUUAAUUUUUCUUUUAUCAUUAAUGAAUAAUUUAGUGUUAAGUGUUCCAUUACAUUACAUGAAAUUGAAAAAAUCCUUGAAAAUUGAAACCAAAAUAUCUUUUGCAGGAAUACCAUGUCUAUAAUUUUUAAAAAUCUCCAUUUUACCGAUCUGUUUGUAGGUAUUUGGAUAUUGCUCGCAUUUUUUUGUUCUUAGGGUAGUUAAUGCUCAAAAGUUAAGACAAAAACACAAAAUAUGUAAUAUUCAGGAACAUAAAUUGUAGCAUAAGAAGUUGAAUAAAAUAAAGUGACAUAAUUAUGUAAAAAAUUUACCCAGAACUUCGAUAAAUUGAUUCAAAGCUCUCUAAGUUGUUUUCUUGCUAUGGUUUAUAAGUGACUUGAGCAACUGCUGCUGUAAUGGUGCAAAUAAAGAUGAUAACUCAUGUAGUUAUUUUAAUGAAUCAUACAAUCAUGUAUGUUGAUGAAUGAAAUAAAAAAAAAUGAAUAUUAUCAAAA